AUGGCCCAAGUUCUUUCAAAUCAACCUAUCAACCGAAGUGUUUUUAAUUCAUCUAGCCUCAAGUGCAAAAGCUCUAUGAAAGCUUCCAUUGAUAGUGAGGUUUUGACUUAUGAAGUGGAUGUAGUGGCUCAUAAACGUUUGUGCAGUGGUACCCGUGCUGUUCUACCUAUGGAGACUGGUCUCUUAGGGUCUCCUAGGGACCUCUCUUAA